AACUUGGAGGCGGCGGCGGCGGCGGAGGAGGAGGCGGCGGCGGCCGCCGGGCGCUGCAGUGGGACGCGCGCGGCUGUGAGCCUGCGGGACAUGCCCCCCGCGCCGGCUCCUUGCUGGCGGCCAUGAAGAGGCAGAACGUGCGGACUCUGUCCCUCAUCGUCUGCACCUUCACCUACCUGCUGGUGGGCGCCGCCGUGUUCGACGCCCUGGAGUCGGACCACGAGAUGCGCGAGGAGGAAAAACUCAAAGCCGAGGAGAUCCGGAUCAAGGGGAAGUACAACAUCAGCAGCGAGGACUACCGGCAGCUGGAGCUGGUGAUCCUGCAGUCCGAGCCGCACCGCGCCGGCGUCCAGUGGAAAUUCGCCGGCUCCUUCUACUUUGCCAUCACGGUCAUCACCACCAUAGGUUAUGGGCACGCCGCACCUGGCACCGACGCAGGCAAGGCCUUCUGCAUGUUCUACGCCGUGCUGGGCAUCCCGCUGACGCUGGUCAUGUUCCAGAGCCUGGGCGAGCGCAUGAACACCUUCGUGCGUUACCUGCUGAAGCGUAUCAAGAAGUGCUGUGGCAUGCGCAACACCGACGUGUCCAUGGAGAACAUGGUGACUGUGGGCUUCUUCUCCUGCAUGGGGACGCUGUGCAUUGGGGCGGCCGCCUUCUCCCAGUGUGAGGAGUGGAGCUUCUUCCACGCCUACUACUAUUGCUUCAUCACGUUGACUACCAUUGGGUUCGGGGACUACGUGGCCCUGCAGACCAAGGGCGCCCUGCAGAAGAAGCCGCUCUACGUGGCCUUUAGCUUUAUGUAUAUCCUGGUGGGGCUGACGGUCAUCGGGGCCUUCCUCAACCUGGUCGUCCUCAGGUUCUUGACCAUGAACACUGAGGAUGAGCGGCGGGAUGCUGAGGAGAGGGCGUCCCUGGCAGGAAACCGAAACAGCAUGGUCAUUCACAUCCCCGAGGAGCCGCGGCCCAGCCGGCCCAGGUACAAGGCGGACGUCGGGGACCUGCAGUCUGUGUGCUCCUGCACCUGCUACCGCUCGCAGGACUAUGGCGGCCGCUCGGCGGCUCCGCAGAACUCCUUCAGCGCCAAGCUUGCCCCCCACUACUUCCACUCCAUCUCUUACAAGAUCGAGGAGAUCUCACCAAGCACAUUAAAAAACAGCCUCUUCCCAUCUCCUAUUAGCUCCAUCUCUCCUGGGUUACACAGCUUUACCGACCACCAGAGGCUGAUGAGACGCCGGAAGUCUGUUUAGGUGUGGGGAGGGAAAUGGAACAGAAAAGUCAUUUGUCAUAGUUGAUGUUAAUUUCCAUUGGUCCAACUCGUCUUUUCUUAUUUAUUUAUUAUUCUUUAUUAUUAUUGUCAUCAUUAUUACUUUCUCUCCUUCCUCUUUUCUUGGUCUCUGGGUCUCAUUUGCCCCCACCUUUCCAGCCAGACAGAGCAGGCCAAAGGGAAAUACAGGCCCAUCCUCCUCUGAAACUCGCAUCUGAGCAUGAAGCAUGGAUCUCCUCCUUCCUUCCCAGCAGACUAUGCCUUACAUUUCUCACCCCACCCGCCCCAUCUCUGCAGUGGUUUUCCCGGGACAGAGGUGAGACCAAGACCACGGAGACAGAACUGAGAGGAAACCCACCCCAAAGCUGCACACCAUGCUCAGAGCCUUCAAUCGCCCACCUUAGUGGUGUCUCUGACCUAACUCCUUUCUCUUUUCCUAAGGACUGAGUGGCUGUGUGUGCGUGUGUCGUGUGUGUGCUUCUGUGUGCACGUGUGUUGUGACAACACGGGAAGUAUUAGGUAUUCCUUUUUCUUUCCCAUCACACAUCAUAGCCUGCUUUUGGCUGCUUCCAAACAAAACAAGGAAAAAAAACCCCCAAGGGUUUUGAUUUAUCGUCUCUUGCCAAAUCAAGCAUGUUUCAUAAGCAGUCUUUACCCCUGAUGUGUCAUGGUUCUACUUUCUAAAUGCUAGGUUCUCAAUUAUAUUAAUGUUUUUUAGGGGGCGGGUGGGCAGGAAGACCUGGAUCAUUUUAGCUUGCCAGUUCAAACAUUUUUAAAAAGCAUGCACUUGUUAAACUGGUAUGCGCUAUCCACAAGAAAACCAGAAGUGGAAUCAUCAAAAGCCCAUCAUAGUAAUUUGUAAGAGACAUCUUUGGUUUUGUCACCUCCAGUUCCAACAAUUUACCGUGCAACUGGAAUUGUCAGGGGACACAGGAAAAUUGUUGGGACCACAGAGUACCUAUUUUAUUUCCCUCUUAUUGACGAUUUUGAGCAGCACCUUCCUGCGUGAGUAAGAAUUAUCGUGUUGGAAUGCUUGGGCGAGAAUGGGUAUUAGUAUGUGGCUGUGGUUCCUUUUCCUAAUGAGAAGUGACAGGGCAUUCCUCAUUAAAAAUACAUAUCUAUUUCAAGAAAUAUUGUCUCUAAUAAUUGCAUUUGAUUUGUAAAUAGGGGAAAGUUCACACUGGUCUCAGGAAGAGUUUAGAGGCAAGGAGCUAUGUCUUGGCCUACUGGGAACUUGCCAAUCUCAGGGGACAAUUUUGUCUGAGUAGUGUAGAAAUUCCUCCCUGCUCUCAAUAGGGUAUGAGCCCAAAGGGAAGCCCUGCUAUCCUCCUCCUGGUGGGGGGAGGGGUAGUUCAGGCCGUAGAAUAUGGCACAUUGGAGACUCUUACAGUAGCAGGAGUAAAGGACAGUUUGACCUCCAGAUUCACUGAGGGGACUUUAAUUUCCCUCAUUACCAUCCCUGCCAUUUUCUAAAAAUCACCCAUUCAUCCAUCCUCCCAUUCCUCUUUUGUAAACUGGAAGUUCAUGGCUCUUGCAUGGAAAUGGACAUUGGCUGUUCUCGGAAGGAACACGGUUACCGGCCUGUCUCAAGGCCCCAACGAGAUCUCCCAGAAAGGAGGCUUUGCUCCCUAGAAAGAGUAGACCUACAGGAUUUCUUAAAGGAGACAACACCUGAAUGCCACCAGUCCCAAGCAUUUGGGCCAAUGGGCUGAAACAGGAGCAUUCAAGACUCCUCUGAAAAGGCUGUGCAUGUACUUUUACGCUACAUCCCAUGUUGAAAUUUCCCCUUCGUCCAGGACACAGGGCCUUCGAAGGAGUCUGCGAACCUCAGAUUCUCUAGGCCAAAGUUGACAGUUCUCAACCUUCAAGGGGAACUAACUGCACAUUCAAGAGAGGCGUCCGUGGAUGCUGGGUCUCACUGCCAAAGCCGAACAUGGCUUCGAGAUUUCUGCCUUCUCACGUGGACCUCUGCUGUGCUGGUUGAAUGCCACUAUUUGUUCCCCUAAACACCCGUGGGGAUGGUCCAGCUACUCAUAGACAGGAAGCCCAGAGAAAUGCUUGAUGUGAGGGUCCCCGCAAGCCAGUUGGGCUGUUUUGGCACCUGCCCCCCCUCCCCACCCGUAGCUCCUCAGUGAGGGGUAGAGACUGCCAAGCCCUUCCACUCAUUCAUCAUCAUAAAAAUGUAACUUGCUAUGGCAGCCUCCUGGCCAUUAAGGGCUAUACUUUGUGACCUCUGUCCUUGAGAUCUUUGCUCUGACAAGUUCUGUAGCCUUCUCAGUGCUGCUGUCGUGAUGCAGUCUCCCUGCUGUGGCUAAGUAACCUUUCGUUUUGAUCGAGAUUUGUCCAUGCAGACUCCCACCUCUGCACCUUUCCGUGCCAGUCCCUCGACCUGGGAGGCCUCCCUGUUGCUCUCCAGCUUCGAGGUGGAGACGGAGCAUCUCACACCUCCUUUUGCUGUCUCGUGACCCUUUUGCUCCCUGAUGGACUUGACGAUGUCCUCUGCUGGGGUCUCCCAGUUCUUGUUUUGGUCGUGAGCGACCAUACCCAGGGAGCAAAACUUCUGUGGCCCUGGCUACAGGAACAGCAAGCAAUGGGCAGUGCCCCAGAGGGAAGGACCAUCUUGAGAAUAAAGGCACUGAGAUGUGUGGCCUCUUGCCCAAAUGGCCACUCAUCACCGUGACUGAGGCAUGUCUUAACUUGCUGAAGUGGAAACAGGGUAACUCAGUGCACGCCUCUGCUCCAUCCCUGGAAAUGGAUCCAGAUCUACGGGAAGAAAACUGGACCUCAUAGCGUCGGCGAUUCAACAGCACCUGCCUGGCCGGGUGGCAUGUGCUCCAUACAACAGGGCUGGAAGCUGCCACACCAGGCAUCUCUCAUAAUGCGGGUGACACAGAUGGCGCCAGGCUCCAGGAGCACCAUUGCGAUGUGUCACCCUGAAGAAGUUGGGCCCUGUGAUGGGAACGGCAUCAGCAAACAGUCUGCACUGUUUUCUUGCGGCAACAUCUCUGGUAGAGGCUGCGAGGGAAUGGGGACAUGCAUCGUGAGUGACUCAGGAUCCCCAGCCUCUCUGGUCUGGCACCUGCCCACCCCUAGAGCCCUGGGCCUUGAGAGAGGCAAGCGCACGCUCUUCUCACCUCCAGAGAGCAGCGUGGGGGUGUGGAUGCUGCUCAGGCCCUGGCAUCUCGCACGCCUGGGACCAGCUUCUGCCAUACACAGGACUGUGCAGGCGGCCCCAUCAGAGGAUGGUGACAGCUGUCUCCUUCUGUAAGUGAGGAAGCCUCAUCCUUCCUUGGAUCCUCAGCAUCUCUUAACCAGCUGCGGCAGAGGUCGAAUUAGAAUGGCACCAGCUUUGGAUAAAAAUCCAGAUCUCGUUUUUCAAAACGUGUGUAGAGCUGGUGGCUGUAAGGAACCAAUCAAGCCUCAGCUGUGAUUCUAAUUGGGCCAAGUCCACCUGAGAGCCCAACUCAUUCAUCCAAAGAGAACAUAGUCUGGAUGGAGCUCAAGGUGUGUGGCUGGCUGGCAUAGCCUGGACAACCUUUAAAAGGCUGAGCCACAGAGAUAGAAGGUCUGUCACUCAAGUUGGGGAAAUCACCUGAGAAGCUCAAGUCCACUGCCUCACAGCUCAAACAUGUCAGCCUUACCCACGAAGAAUUGUGCUGAUAAACAGACUCAGAGCCUGUGCUCGUGGGGUUGCCCAUCUGCAAGUGUCUCACCUGGCCCUGCUGCAGGGCCCGGCAGGGAUUGGGGAGGGUCAGUGCUCCCUGGGGCGGGGACUGGGUCUGCUUCCAGGCCCAGCGCCUCUGAGUCAUACAGAUGCUAGGUGGUCCUGCUGCUUACCCUCGCUAAACCUCAGGCUUCUCGUGUAAACAGGGCGCUUUUGAGGAAUUAUUAACAUCUCCCUGUGAGUCAAGGCACCUACUGAGAUCAUGUAUGUAAUGCUUGUAAUAAAUGCAGCUAUGUGCCAGGCACUCUGA